UUUAGAAUCGCCCGCACUAGUUCCAAAUGUCGUGCCUCAUGACACCUGAUACUGGGUCUCGUCUCUCAUUCCUUCAGCCCCAACACAACCAGUACUUUCUCAGCAGCAGCUCGGAGACGCAAGGUCGCCGAGCGAGAAUCUUCACUGCCAGUCAGGUAGUGGGUGCGGGUGGGUAGUAAGCAUAACCGGUCUGUUAUUGCCUUCAGUCGAUAUUAAUCCGUGUUCAAGUGAUGUAAACAAGCCUAGCCUUUCUUCACCCAUCGUGCAUACUCUGCCUGCUACGAAGUGCCCUAAGGCACUGGGCAUUAUUUAUCCAACAGAGAAAGUGUAGUCGUUCAGACUCCACCGUAGUGUGACCAGAGACUGAGAAAAUUGCCCAGCACAAACGAUGGGGGACUCGCCACAGAUAUUGGUUUUGAAUGUCAAUCACAACAGAAACAAGAGAGAGGACUUACGAAGUCCAAGAUCACCCGGUAUCACUGAGGCGAUAGAAAUUUCCGGACAACUUCAGAAAUCUAUGCUGAGAAUGACAGGGAAGUUCCUGAACGAAUCGACAGGUACCGUGGACUACAAGGCUCUGGGAAACUCGGAGGAGUUCAGGGACUAUUGCACUUUUGCCAGCAGCCUUGAGAAGGUGGACCUUGCUUCGUUCAGCGAACAACAGUUAUUCGCCUUUUUCAUCAAUAUAUACAAUGCCCUGACGGUGCACAGCAUCUGUGAAACCCAAAAGACAUCUGAUAUUGGAUCAGCCCUCGACGUGCCAAACUUCUGGGCAACUCACGGAUACAUCAUUGGCGGAUUUAUCUUUACGUUAGAUGAUAUCGAACAUGGAAUUUUAAGGGGUAACAGGCCACAUCCAAGUACGGGGAAACCAGUCUUGGGGCUGACGGACACGCGUGUUAGUUUUUCCAUCAAACAAGUCGAUCCCAGGAUACAUUUCGCCCUCAACUGCGGCGCCAAAUCUUGCCCCGUUGUUCGCGUGUACAACUGCAGCAACUUGGAUGCUGCUCUUGAAGCUGCCACUGAGUCAUACCUCAGUCAAGGGGUCGUUGCUGACGACAGCAACAGACCGCUGAAGAUACCCAAGAUCAUGUUGUGGUACAUGAGCGACUUCGCCAGGACCCAAACAGGAAUGCUGAAGUGGAUUGAAUCCUACGUGGGACCAUCAGAGCGCGAAGCUAUCAAAUUCCUUUUGGACACUAAUAAGGGAGACGACACAGAGAGCGUUCAGUAUGUCUAUGACUGGUCGCUCAAUAAAGCCUGAUUGCUCUGGCACUUUUGCUUUAGAUCUGUAGGAGCCAAAACAUGAGGUCACGUGUUAUCGGCUGUGAUAAGGAAAUUGUACCGUGCGUGAGUUACAGGAAAUGAAAAUGAUAUGCGCCUUGAUUUUUGUUUUUGGGGUUAACGGUGGAUUUCAAAUGAUGGUUCAUAGGAAAUAUAAAAAGAUAUAGAAUUUUGAUCGGAAAUCUAAUGAGCGAUCAUUUUUCGACAUUGUUGUCUCUAGAUAACUUGCGUUAAUAAACCUAUUCAAUGCACAAAA